GAAAUGGCCCCUUUCCGGGAAUUAUUGACUUGUAUGGAACUGGAGGAGGACUCCCUGAAUACAGGGCAUGCCUGCUGGCCAACUAUGGCUUUGCUGUGCUGGCUCUGGCUUUCUACGGCUAUGAAGAUCUCCCCAAAGAGAUGAAGGAAUUCCACCUGGAAUAUUUUGAAGAAGCCGUAAACUAUAUGUUACACCACACCCAGGUUGAAGGUCCGGGGAUUGGGUUGCUUGGAAUCUCAAAGGGGGGUGACCUAUGCAUCUCCAUGGCCUCCUUCCUAAAGGGCAUCACGGCCACCAUCCUUAUCAACAGCUCAGUGGCAAAUGUGGGCGCAGUGCUCCGCUACAAGGACAUCACCAUUCCACCCCUUGGUGUCAAUGCAAAACGCAUCAAGUUCACCAAGUCUGGGAUUGCUGAUAUUGUCGAUGUACUGAACAACCCCCUAGAAGGGCCUGAUCACCAAAGCUUUAUCCCUUUGGAGAAGGCCGAGUGUCGCUUCUUGUUCAUCGUUGGCCAGGAUGAUCGCAACUGGAAAAGCGAGUUCUUUGCAGUUGAGGGGAGCAAACGUUUGCAAGCUCACGGGAAGGAAAAGCCUGAGAUAGUCUGUUAUCCUGGGGCAGGGCACUACAUUGAACCCCCCUUUUUCCCAAUGUGUGCAGCCUCAAUGCACCUGCUAGUUGGCAGGCCUGUGGUGUGGGGAGGGGAGCCCAAGGCACACUGCGAGGCACAGAUAGAUGCUUGGCAGCAGAUCCAAGCUUUCUUCCACAAACACCUCACGGGCAAGCCAUCUGGAACAUCCAAUAAGCUGUGA